AUGGCCUCUGCCAGGAGUUUUUCUGAGGAGCAAUUCCAGGAGGCUUGUGCGGAACUUCAGAAUCCCAGGCUAUCAGGCUGGAAUUGGCAGGUGGAAUCCAGGGGCUUUACCGUCUACCGGAAGCUAAACAGGCCAACUGGACUUUAUGAGUAUAAGCUCAUUGGUACUCUGAGAGCUCCACCAGAUCUCCUUGCAGAUAUCUGUAUGGAUUUAGGCUAUAUAAGAUGGCGGAUCCCACAAGUUAUAGAAGCCUAUAAAACAGAAUGCAAUGGAGAAACCGUGAUCUACAUGAAAAUGGAGUUUCCUUUUUUAUUGUCCCACAGAGAUUGCGUCUAUGUGCAGCAGCGGCGAGAACUGGACUUCAGAGGGCGGAAGAUACAGGUGGUCCUGGCCAAGAGCACCUCAGUGCCACAGUUUCCAGAGAGGUCAGGAUUCAUCCGGGUGAGGCAGUGCCAGGUGAAGCUGGCCGUGGAGAGCGAUGGCAGUAACCAGAGCAAAGUAUUAAUUCAUUGCUUCAUAAACCCUGGUGGCCGUAUUCCAUCCUGGAUCAUCAACUUGUUUGCCAAGAAUGGAAUUCCUGGCUUCCUGGCUGACCUGGAGGAUGCCUACCUGAGGUACCAGAGGAGAACCUAA